AUAAGAGUCAUGACGUCACGUUAUAAAUCUUAACCUCAAUUUUCUAAGUGAAAAGUUGUUUACGUUUUUGAUAAUACCUAUAAAAUUAUAUAUUUAUUUGAAUUUUGAAUAUAAUGAAUCUUGAAGUGAGGAAACGAUUUGUACAAGGUGUUAACGAAGUGCUUAGACGAACAUUUACGAAAACAGCAUCCACUUGUAGCCCAAGAGGUUAUGAUGAUGAGGGAAAAACAACAUUACACAUUAUGAAUAGGGAACAGGAACUUGGACUAAUGAUUGAUGGAUUCAGCCAGGUUGGUUUUAGGCUAAACAAUCACAUGACAGUUUUAGGACCAAUGGUUAUAUUCUCUAGAUCGGUGUUAUCCUGGAACGUUGGCACCAUAGCAGAUGUCAAUGAAGAUUCAUUUUCACUUUUCAAAAUCCUUGAACCGAAAAUAGACAUUUUAGUAUUGGGUACAGGUGAUAAAGUAGAUAAUCAUAACUUUUUUUCCAAAUUCCUUAAGUUCUCCAAAGAAUAUAGAAUUGCUUUCGAAGUUCAACCGACAGAGACGGCAUGUGCAACAUUUAACUUCUUAAAUGCAGAAGGCAGAAAUGUAGUAGGAUGCUUAAUACCCCCCGAUACCAUCAGGGUUACUGAAGAUGACGAGUUCAAAACGCAAAUGCGAUAUAAAAAUUCAUAUGCUAGAACAUAGAUGAUUUUUUAGUUAGUUAAAUGUAAUAAAAGUUCAUAUUUAUUUAAUUGUUA